CGCUGAGAUGUCGGUGCUGAGGCCGAUGGACAAGCUGCCCGACCUGAACCGGGCCACCAUCUUGCUGGUGGGCACCGAGGAUGCGCCUCUGCAGCAGCUGGCGGAGUCCAUGCUCAAAGACGACUGUGCUUCCGAGCUGAGGGUCCACUUGGCCAACUCCCUCCCUUUGCCCUCUGACGUGAACCGGCCCCGAAUUGACCUGAUUGUGUUUGUGAUUAACCUUCACAGCAAACACAGCUUCCAGAAGGUAGAGGAAUCUCUGAACCAUGUGGACAGUCGCUUCUUCCUGGGGAAAGUCUGCUUCCUCGCCACAGGGGCUGGACGGGAGAGCCACUGCAGCGUUCACCGGAGCACUGUCGUAAAGCUGGCCCACACCUACCGAAGCCCCUUGCUCUUCUGUGACUUAGAGGUGGAGAGCUUUCGAGCCACCAUGGCCCAGCGCCUGGUACGCAUGCUGCAGAUCUGUGCUGGCCACGUGCCCGGUGUCUCAGCGCUGAACCUGCUGUCUUUGCUGAGGAGCUCCGACAGCCUCCCGUCCAAGGAGUCGUGAGCACUGCUGCCCUCCCCGUGUUUGACUCUAGCUCUGUAAACAAUCACUGUUGGUGAA